AUUCAACUUAACCACCCAGACAUCAGCCAGUUCAGAAUAUUGCUUCAUGGACCAGUUGGAGCUGGGAAGACCUGCUUUAUAAACUCAGUGAAGAGCGUAUUCAAGGGAAGAAUUGUAGUCAGGGCAGAUGAGGAGACAUCUGCUGGGAAGAGCUUCACAAAAACAUACCAAACUUACAAAGUCACUGACAAAGAUUCUGUGACCUUGCCAUUUGUCCUCAAUGAUGUUAUGGGUCUGGAAGAUCAUGAGGAAGAUGGAAUUCAUCCAAAUGACAUCAUUAAUGCACUCCAUGGUCAUUUAAAAGACGGCUAUAAGUUUAAUCCUGUUUCUCCACUGACUGAUGCUGAUCCAGAAUACAUACAUAACCCCAGUCUGAGUGACAAAGUUCACUGUUUGGUGAGUGUAGUGCCUGCAAACAGCAUCUCCCGAAUGAAUGAGGAUGUGAUUCAGAAGAUGAAAACUGUCAGACAGGAAGCCCUCAAAUUGGGCAUCCCUCAUGUGGUUCUGAUGACAAAAGUUGAUGCCAUCUGCCCACUGGUUAAGAAGGAUCUAGCUGAAAUUUACAAAAGCAGAAAAAUCAAAGAAAAGAUGGAGGAAUGCAGCCACAGACUUGGUCCACCACUGAAAUGCAUCUUCCCAGUGUGCAACUAUCAUGAGGAGAUUGAAACAAAUGACAAGAAGGAUGUGCUUAUUCUGAUCGCAUUAAAGGCAUUUACAGGAUUUGCUGAUGAUUACUUUGAAGAGGGUAACAUCUGAAUAUCUGCUAAAGAAUCCAUUUUGAAAAAAGAUUGAGAUAUUGGUCUUUAUUUAUCAUAAAAUCUUUGUGUAGUUUGUAUAUUAAUCAUGAGUAUCAACUUAAUACAGCUACAGGCUACAAACCCAAAUUGUAAUGUGUGCCUGUGAUUACUAGUGUAGUCUAAUUUAUAGCAUAUUUAAUUGGCUAAUGCCACUCAUCUGCUAAUGCUACAGCUCACUGUUUUUAUUUAAUUUAAUGUUAUUCAGAAAUUCAGUGUUUAAGAAAAACAGCACCUACUACACGUGUAUGAUGAAAACAUCUUUUUGCGUACAAUAAUGCAAAAAUAAUAAGGACUUAAUCAGUAGAUUCAUAUUUGACUUUGAUUAACA